AUGACCACUGUCUCGAGACCUCGAACGCCCUCUCACGAGAUCUACCCGUCCGCCCCUAACAUAUCGCAAUCAAGCCAUCCCAUCCGGAGUCAUGGGUCUGCGUCUGGCUCACGACCAGAGUCCUUCGCCGCGACCAACUCGAUUCAACCUACCGAUUUCCAAGUGCGAUUUGGCGCCGGCGAAACCCCCGUGCCUCAACAAUCUCGCUUCCACGAGGAUCUCAGCCACCGCGGUUUCUCCAUACUGGAUGGCAAUAUCCCCGGCGAUGCGGCGCGAAGCGAAUCGCAAGUGUCGCUUUCACAACAGACGCUUCCGUCGCGGUCCGGCACUUUGAAGAAAAAGGCGUCGCUGAGUAAAAAGGGGAGUUUGCGGCGCGGAGGAAGCAAGCGGAGCAGUCGCGCCGGCAGUGUAAGGAGUCUGAAAUUAGGUGAAAAGGAAAAAUAUUCGGCGGGAGAAGAUGAGAUGAAUAGUGCCUUUUACAUUCCGAUCCCAACAAAGGGAACGCCAACGGAAAUUCUCGCAAACAGAUUCCAAGCAUGGCGAAAGGUGCUCAAGGACCUCAUCGGCGUUUUUAGAGACGUCCAACGAUCAUAUGAGACGCGAGCAAAGAUCCUUGUGUCUACUUCGAACGCAAUGAACAACAUUUCUAUGCCCACCACCUUCUUGCAAUCCGGCGGAAUCGCAGAGGCAACCAAUAUACUGAAGACAUAUCAUAAGCAAGCAUUGAUUGAAUGCAACAAGGCUAAAGACGUGGAAACGGAAAUCAUCGUUCAGCUGAAUAGCCUAAGAAAUGAUUUACAGCAAAAGAUCAAAGAGAUCAAGAGCCUUUCAGGAGAUUUCAAGAAUUCCGUCGACAAGGAGAUGGAGGGAACACGCAAAGCUGUACGGCAUUUACAUGAGGCCUUGGGUCUGGUUGACACUGAUCCUGCAGCUACGUCUGGAAAGGGGGAUCCGUUCAUUAUCAAGUUGGGAGUUGAUAAGCAGCUCGAAAAGCAGCUGCUAGAAGAGAAUUACCUCCACCGAGCCUAUUUGAACUUAGAAAGCUCUGGCCGUGAGCUGGAAUCCAUCGUGGUUGGCGAAAUACAAAAAGCAUAUAGCGCCUACGCGAGCAUCCUAAAGCGCGACGCCGAUUCCGCAUACGAGGCCAUUGAACGGCUACGUGAAGGCCCUAUCUCUAUGCCCAAAGACCUUGAAUGGAAAGCUUUUGUUUCGCAUAAUGAUCAGUUAAUCGACUCUGGCGUACCACUGCGAAAUAUUCGGAAUAUCACGUAUCCUGGAAGUGACCAUCCGGCGGCAGCAGAAGUUCGGGCCGGAAUGUUGGAACGGAAGAGCAAAUAUCUCAAAAGCUAUACUCCAGGCUGGUAUGUCCUGUCGCCAACCCAUUUACACGAGUUCAAGUCGGCGGAUCGCAUUCGAUCUCAGAAUCCGGUCAUGUCGCUGUAUCUCCCUGAGCAGAAACUCGGUUCACACUCCCAGCCAGAUUCGUCUUCCCACAAAUUCAUGCUUAAAGGACGGCAAACCGGUUCCAUGCAUCGUGGACAUGCCUGGGUAUUCCGAGCAGAGUCCCAUGAUACCAUGCUUGCCUGGUAUGAAGACAUCAAGAACCUCACAGAAAAAACCGGCGAAGCACGGAACGCAUUCGUCCGGAAACAUGUGCGCUCCGUGAGCGGCAUAAGCUAUAGAGGGUCAUCUAUCAGCAGCGACGGAGUCCUUGAUGAAGAUGAAGCAGAUCAAACGCCGUAUUCCGCCGAACAUAUGCUACCUCCCCGCGGACCGUCCUUGGAUGAACCACGCUGGCGUUCUCCUUCCGGCGGACGGUUCCCAAGUGAAGUCCAGCUAAAUCGAACAUCCGAGGCACCCAAUUCUCCAUCAAGCGAGGCGAGUUCUCGAGAAGAGCCCGUGGCCGAUUCGUCCUUUCGCGAACCUGGAAUUCACUUCGCCGGACGACAACCCCAGCGGCAUCAGCACCCUCACGAACCAGAACCACACGACGGGCUUCACUCCAACUCCAUCCGUUCCACACAGCCCAAAAGGCCCGCCCGCAUCUACGACGAAUGGAUGACAGCCGACCGGCCCGCUCCGCCCCAGACUCCCACUCACGACCACAUCAACGCCAAUCGCAUUUACUCCCCAAGCCCGCAACCUCACCGCAACGGAACCCGCGUCCGCUCCAUCGCCCUAUCCACAGGCGCCCCCAUCCUCAUCCCCGACGACAUCUCCAACAAGCCAACUCCGCGUCCCAGCGAGCCAGAUGCCUCACUCCUCUCAACCCAACCCACAAACACCGACACCAGAACCAACCCCAGCCUCACAACUGCCACGUCGCUCGGCAUGCUUGGAAGCGAUACGUCAACCGGCCACACGCCUGCUCUCCCAAAUGGCGCAGGUGCUCUAGAUCCUCCGAUCGCGGACACCAAGGCUGACGACACGGAAACUUCAAUGAGGCAGCGGAUGCUGUCCGCGGCGCAUCGCACCUCGACUGUCAGCGACUUGAAGGUUCCCGGGCAGUAUCCCAUGGCUAGUAGCUGA